CUUUUAAACCCCUAAAUUUCAAACCCUUGCACGCUCCCUGCAUCAAUCGACGCCUUCGCACCACGACGAGGCCCCCAUAUUCUUCCACGAGCUCCGCCACUUCCGCCCCUAGGACCUCUAGGAAUGUCUCACGGUCUCGGCGGUGGCGGCGGCGGCGGCGACGACGACGACGAGGUCUCGAGCGGCAGCGAGGGCGGCGGCGCUUCUUUUGACGAGGACAUGGAGGCUCUCAGGCGCGCCUGCGUUCUCACAGGCGCCGACGCGGACAUAGCCGUUGUCCAUCCCGGCGGCCUCGACUCGGCGGCGCCGGAUUCCGACAGCGACGACGACGACGACGACGAUCUCAGGUUGGUGAUGAGGUUGCGGGAGCGGUUCUCGGCGGACUUGGCGAAUCCCCUGACGCUGAAGCCCUUGGCGUCUAUCCAUCCGGCUGCGGCGACGUCCGACGAGGACGAGGACGACUUCGAGACGCUCCGCGCGAUUCAGAAGCGGUUCUGCGCUUAUGAUCACAGUAACACGGAGAGCAAGAAUGGCUUAUCUAGCACCGGUAGCAUGUCCAAUACUAUGCCUGUAAAUAUCUUCGGUGGUUGUAAAGUUUUUCCGGAUAAUGAUGAUACUCAUGACAGCAAUCAGACAUUGAAUAAAGACGAGCGCCAGCCUUCUGCUUUAAUUGAGUGGCACCAGCCAGCUCAGAAGCAGCAAGGGCUGGCCAAAUAUUCUUCCUUCCCAAAAUCUGGCCAGAUAUUUAUUGACGCCCUUAAGAAGAACAGGUCCUGCCAGAAGCUUUUCCGAAGUAAGUUAAUUCAGAUUGAAGCAAGAAUCGAGGAGAUCAAAAAGCUCAAGGAACGUGUCAAAAUCCUUAAAGAUUUUCAGGUUUCUUGCAGACAAAGAACUGGGAAGGCAUUAUCCCAGAAGAAGGAUCCCCGUGUUCAACUUAUAUCGGCACGGAAGACCAUUAAGGAUUCAAAGGUCAACGAUAAAAAGUUUUCUGCUAUAUACUAUGGGCCAGCUCAGAAUUUCCAUGUCCCUAGUUAUAGAAUGGCAUUGACAGGAUUUCCCCUUUCGCUUCAACGAAGCAAAUGGUCAGAGGUGGAGAAGGAAAAUCUUGGCAAAGGAAUAAAACAACAAUUUCAAGAAACAUUGCUUCAAAUUAGCCUGGACCGGUUCAGUGCUUCAGAUGGAGACCAAUAUGGCUUCGAAGAUAUACUUUCAUCAAUUAGAGAUCUUGAUAUCACACCUGAAAGUAUCAGAGAAUUUUUGCCAAAGGUUAAUUGGGAUCAGUUGGCCUCGCUGUACAUUCCGGGUAGAUCUGGUGCUGAAUGUGAGGCAAGAUGGUUGAAUUGGGAAGACCCCUUGAUCAAUCACAGCAGAUGGACAAUUGAAGAAGAUAAGCAUCUUUUGUUUUUCAUCCAAGAAAAAGGGAUAAAUAAUUGGUUUGAGGUAGCAGCAUCUUUAGGAACAAAAAGAACACCAUUUCAAUGCUUGGCCCGCUAUCAAAGGAGCUUAAAUCCUUGCAUACUGAAAAGUGAGUGGACUCCUGAUGAGGAUGCUCAGCUUCGUGCUAUAGUGGAGACUUUUGGCGAGAGUGAUUGGCAAGCUGUAGCUUCUGCUUUGGAAGGACGAACUGGAACUCAAUGCUCCAAUCGAUGGACAAAAACUCUUCAUCCUGCCAGGCAAAGGGUCGGAAGGUGGACUGAAGAUGAAGAUAAACGUUUGAGAGUAGCUGUGAAGCUUUUUGGCCCCAAAAAUUGGAUGAAGAUAGCUGAUUUUGUACCAGGUCGAACUCAAGUACAGUGUAGAGAGAGAUGGGUCAAUUGUUUGGAUCCGUCUCUGAAUUGGAACCGGUGGACACCUGAAGAAGAUGCCAUGUUGGAGGCAGCAAUAGCAGAACAUGGAUAUUGCUGGUCUAAAAUAGCUGCAUCUUUGGCUCCUCGAACUGAUAAUCAGUGCAGAAGGAGAUGGAAAGUUCUGUUUCCACAAGAAGUGCCUUUACUGCGGGAAGCUAGAAAAGUACAAAAAGCAGCUCUGGUAAGAAACUUUGUCGAUAGAGAGUCGGAGCGCCCUGCGCUUGGUCCUGGUGAUUUCCUCCCGUUAUCGAUGACAAGUUGUGUAUCUGACCCAGAUUCUGUAAAUCCUCCAAUGAAACAGAAGGCAGGAUCGAGUGUUUCACAGAAGGUGGGGUCCAGGAGGAAAAGAAAAGCAAGUGAAUCAAAUGUUGUGCAAGUGUCAAGAAGUAGUUACAAUGAGGUUGAUUAUGAUGAAUUGGCUGAGCAUGGCUCCUCAAAGAAGACACGAGUGACAAAACCAUGUGCACAAAAGAAGAGUUGGCGUGGAAAGCAGGCUAAAGAUCACACGGGCAUUUCAACAACAUCAGUGGUAUCGAAUGGUGUAAUCAGUGAAGUGAAUGGUCUUUCUGGCAUAGCAGAACACAGGAAAAUCUCUCCUUGUGUUCAGAAGAGGGUGGAUCCCAAGAAACCCCAAUUUAACUCUGGUCUAGUUGUGAAAAAGGCCAGUUGCAAAAAUGAUGAGACAGUGGCAAAACACGGUUCGCUUUUAAGGAACAAGAAGGUCACAAAACUGCAUUCAAAUGAGGGUAGACCUAAUGGACAUGCAAUAGAUCAUUCAUCAUGUCAGCUGGAUCCAAUGUUGCUAGUCAUGGCUAAUGGUGAAGGUCGUCAAGUGCAAGGAAUGUCUAACUUUAGACGAAAAGAGAAAAUUGUUGCUUGUGACGGGGAAGUAGGGAACAAGAGACCAACAGUUGGCAGUCAACUUGAUUUGGAGCAAGCCGUGGAAAUAAUUGCUUGCAAUGAGGAUGAGAGAGUGGGCAGAGAUAAUACUGUUUCAAAUAAGGGGAAGGUAUCAAAUGCAUGUCUAAGAGAGGAAGACCAUAAUGAACACUCAAAAGAUCAGCGAUCAUCUCAGCCAGAUUCGUCAUCAUCAUUAACAAUAAAGGGCAAAAACAUUGAAGCUCUUGACUCAUCUAAUAUGACAGAAAAGGAGAAGAAUAUCUUUUCUCGUGCUCAGAAGAAUUUGAGACCCAAGAAGACAAGAAAAGAUGGCCAUUCUCACGUGAACCAUGAUGAAGUAGUGGAUGAUGCCCCUGCCGAAUUGAUUGCAUCAAAGGAAAAUAGAAACUAUAAGACGUAUAAAAGACGAAAGAGAAAUGUUGCUCUUCCUGAAAGAUGCUACUCUAAUUGUGAAUGUAUUCCUGCUUUGCCAGAGAAACUCAACAGGUCACAAUCAGUAUUAAUUUCUUGUGAGAAAGAUGGGCCUGAACAGCUAAUUGCUGGGAAUGAACCUGUUUCACUGCAAGUUCCAGAUACAGAUGACUGCGACAUCACACUUGCUAGCUUGCUUAUCAAGAAACAGAAGAAGAAGAAGAAAGAUGUUCUUAAAUCGAGCGAAGGAAAUGGCAUGCCAUGUGAUGUAGAUCAAAUGCCCCCUAAUGUCAGAUAUAGGAGCGAGGAACCGAAUCUGCUAGAUCUUAACGACAAAAAUGCUUCAUCCGGGGGACCCACCAGAGAAAAGUUGAGGAAUGAUCUGGCCUUCGACCGUGAGGAUGGUGACAUCACUUUGGCGUGCUUUUUACGUGAUAAGUCUAUGAUGAAGAGACCUUGAGUUUACAAACCGGGGGAGGAGCCCGCACUUGUCAUCCGAUGCGAAUUGGGCGUUCUGGUUUAGCUUCAGAAUGAGCAGAUGGAUGUGAAGUCUCCAGGAUGCUGUAUUAUAAGGAUAUCAAAAACCAUCAAGGCCUGGGAUGAAAGGUCAGAUCCGCUAAACUUCGGAUGCCCGUGUCCCGAUGGCACCGUGCCAGGUAUGUGCCUAUGAGAUUCUCGACAGAUCUUAAACUUGUCGGAGUCUCCUAUUUUCUGUAAGAGUGAAGGUGCAAUGAUUGAAUGAUGUGUUAGAGCGUGAGGUUAUAUGCUGGAACCAUUCCAGGCAAUUGGGAUCCUGAUGUAUCUCCAUAUGCCGGGAAUGAGAAAUUUUGUGCGAUAGCCUCUCGGUUUUGGUCAGGGGCAACCCCUGCGAAAUUGUGCAUACGUUUAAAACAUAUGUUCCAAGAGAAAUAGAUGCAGGCGGCACUUUUUGUUUUG